CGUCCAAAACGUCCUCUUGCAUCAUUUAUAUUUUUCUUUCCGACACGUUUUAUCGCGUCUUCCAUACUACUAAUUAAUCCUUAUACCUAAGUAGACAUGGGUGAAUCUCGACAAGAGCUGGUAGCAUGGCUGAACAGCCUUCUUCAGCUAAAUAUCACCAAAGUUGAACAAUGUGGUACUGGUGCCGCUCUCUGCCAGGUCUUCGACAGCAUCUUCCUCGAUGUACCUAUGUCGCGUGUCAAGUUCAAUGUCAACACCGAAUACGCCUACAUCCAGAACUUCAAGGUCUUGCAAAACACAUUCGCCAAGCACAAUGUCGACAAGCCCAUCCCUGUCGAAGCCCUCUCCAAAUGCAAGAUGCAAGAUAACCUUGAGUUCUUACAAUGGACCAAGCGAUUCUGGGACCAGUAUUAUCCCGGUGGAGACUAUGAUGCUGUCGGACGAAGAAAGGGUGCUCCCCUUCCUGCCGGUGGCGCUGCUGCGCGAGCUACUGGGGGCGCCGGAUCAGCCGCGGCACGAAGAGGUGGUACAACUCCCACGACCGGACCCCGCGUACCCAAGGCUGGUGGCGGUGGUGCCGCUUCAGCUGCCCUGAUCCAAGAGAACGCGACAUUGAAGGAGACGGUUGUCGGUCUCGAGCGCGAGCGAGACUUCUAUUUCAGCAAGUUACGAGAUAUAGAACUCUUGAUUCAACAGGCUGUCGACGAAGACCCCGAGAUCGAGAAGCAGGAAGAUGGACUCAUCAAACAGAUCCAGACGAUACUAUACUCGACCGAGGAAGGCUUCGAGAUCCCCGCCGAAGGAGAGGCACUGGACGACCAGGAGACGUUCUAAAGCCUGCAAGAGUGACAAAACAACAAGAAAGUGAUAAAUAGUCAUCGCCUGGGAGUUCGGUAGAUGGCCAUGAAUUAAUAUUGGAGCGGCUGGUAUGGUGAGCCGAAAUGGACAGGACGAUGCGAGCGCUAAAGAAGAGAUGCAUCUAGAACGGUGUCAUUAAAAAGCCCUCGGUUCUCUUAUUCAGUUUGCAUCAUCACAGGAAUGGGAUCCCGGGUUCCUGACAGUACUAGAAGACAUUGUCCGCUCUAGACUAAUAUACCCGCUUGACUCAAGGGUGUGAUGCCUAGAGAUUUGAUGAUAGAUAUUAACACAGACAUUUUUUUUUCUUGUGGAAGGUAUUUGUUCACGUAUUUAUUC